CUUUCCGCUUGUUGCCCUUGUAGAUGGUUGAAAUUUUUAUCGAAAGAAUAUCAUGUACUUGGAAAUUUCAUUAGUACACUUGGUUGAUGUGGGCGCCAAGGGUAAGACGCGUGUACCUAUUUCUAUUGGAAACUGGAACCUUUUGGUCUUGAAAAAGGUUCUUUCCUGAUAUGGGUUCUCUCUUGGGAAGAAAUACCAACACCAAAUGCUCUCCAUCAAGUUACCCUAACCAAAUUCCUUCCUUGUAGGAUUCUUCACUGUUCAAUAUAUAACAUGAUCAACCAUGCAAAUGGGUUUGCCUUAGUAUCGAGUUCCUUGUUAUAUUUUUAUGGGAUUCCUUACCUUUCCUUCCACAAAAGUUACUAGGAACCUUUUUAAAGUUGUGUUGAAUUCAAAGUCUCUCCACAUGACUCCUUUGAGUUGGUACACAGAUCAUCAUAACGAAACAUGAGUUCACGUUACUGUUGGAUUUUCAUGCUCUUUUGCAUGAUCAGUGAAAGUUUUACGGUAGGCGUUCUUGGCUUUGCUGCAAACUGGGGAACUCGUUCAACGCAUCCACUGCCGCCAAACAUAGUUGUGAAGCUCCUCAGAGACAAUGGAUUUAAGAAGGUGAAGCUAUUUGAGGCUGACCCUGGUGCUCUUAAGGCUCUUGCAAGAUCUGGUAUUGAAGUCAUGCUUGGCAUACCAAAUGAAUUCUUGGCACCUCUUGCCGGCAGUGUUGGUUUUGCUGAGACAUGGGUGUCUCGUAAUGUCUCCUCCUAUAUCACAACUGGAGUUAAUAUAAGGCAUGUGGCAGUUGGGAAUGAGCCAUUUCUGAAAACAUACAAAGAUACUUUCCUCCAAACGACACUACCAGCCCUCCAAAACGUGCAAGCAGCUCUAAUAAAAGCCGGUUUAGGCAAACAAGUUAAGGUAACAGUCCCACUAAACGCCGACGUUUACCAAACCGAUAGUGGCCUUCCUUCAGGGGGGGAUUUCAGAGCCGACAUCCACACCCUCAUGAUCAACAUCAUCAAGUUCCUGAGCGACAAUGGCGGGCCUCUCACCAUCAACAUCUACCCAUUCCUAAGUCUCCAAGCCGACCCUCACUUCCCCAAAGAGUACGCCUUCUUCGGCAGCACUUCCAACCCAAUUGUCGACGGUUCCAUCACUUACAACAACGUGAUGGAGGCUAAUUUCGACACCCUCGUCACUGCUCUGGAGAAAAAUGGCUUCCCCAAUAUGCCGGUGAUAAUCGGCGAAAUGGGUUGGCCCACUGACGGUGACCCAAGUGCGAAUAUCGAAAAUGCUAAACGAUUCAACCAAGGCCUUAUUCAGCAAAUUGUUCAAGGAAAAGGGACCCCAAAACGGUCGACUCUCCCUGAUGUCUAUAUCUUCGGUCUGAUCGAUGAAGAUGCCAAGAGUAUCGACCCAGGGAACUUCGAGCGACAUUGGGGUAUUUUCAACUUCGAUGGUACAGUAAAAUACAAUCUCGAUAUGGGUAGUGGAAAGGAUUUGGUUCCGGCAAAAGGGGUCAGGUAUUUGUCUCGGCAAUGGUGUAUAAUGGCGCCACAAGCCAGUCUUAUGGACCCGAAUAUGGCUGAGAGCGUUAAGUACGCUUGUACUUAUGCGGAUUGCACCAGUUUGGGAUAUGGCUCGUCGUGUGGGAUGCUUGACCCUAAAGGUAACGCCUCUUACGCUUUCAAUAUGUACUACCAGACCAUGAACCAGAGAAAAGACGCUUGCGCGUUUAAUAAUCUUUCAACCAUCACCACGGUGGAUCCCUCUCCGGCGGGUCCCGGCGGCGGCAACAAUACUUGCCGGUUUGAGAUCAUGAUCGAUUUGGGAAAGCACGAGCUGGGUCGGACUCCGUCGCGGUCGGCUUCUCCUCCUUCGACUCUGGGGCUUGGAAACGACGGUUCCCGCUUUGUCGCAAUGGUGAGCCUCGGUGUCGUUUUUUUAGUGUCUCUGUUGAUAAGCUGAGUUUUUUUUUUUUUUCCAUGUUGCAUUUAUUAUUUAUUUUGAGCUAUUUUAUUGUGUAUAUAUGUACAUAAACAUAAGUCGCGAUGUGGAUAUAGGGACUGGGAUGACAAUGUCCAUAAUGGCAAAGUUA